UCUACCAAAGUUAACUUCAACCAGACGGAGCUGUUCUUUUUCCAUUACACUGAACAUUUUCACGGCUUUCAAUAUGCGCAAUCCUUUGAUCAGACUUCAAUGCGGCGUCAACAGCUACGACUGGGGGAAGGUCGGUAAGACCUCUGCUGCCGCCAAAUUCGGAGCUGCGACAGCUUCAGACUUCUCGAUUGAAGAAGAGAAGCCCUAUGCCGAGCUAUGGAUGGGCACCCACCCCUCGCUUCCUUCCAAGGACCUCGAGACACAGCAGACAUUGCUUGAGCUUGUUGAUCAAACUCCAGGCCUACUCUCGCUCGACAUUGCUGAGCGCUAUGAGAACAAGCUACCUUUCCUGUUCAAGGUUUUGUCCAUUGGGAAGGCUUUGAGCAUCCAGGCGCACCCCAACAAGAAGCUUGCGGAGCAGCUCCAUUCUAAGGACCCCAAGAACUACCCAGAUGACAACCACAAACCUGAGAUGACCAUUGCGGUCACCCCCUUCGAUGGCCUGUGUGGUUUCCGACCUCUUGCCGAAAUCGCCCAUUUCCUCAAGACCGUCCCUUCAUUUCGAGAGCUCGUUGGCGAGGAGGAAGCAAAGAACUUCGAAGACACAGUCAAGGGCAAGGAGACAUCAGACAAGGAAUCCGACGUCGAAGCAAACAAAAAGGCCCUCCAGUCCGCCUUCACAAAAGUCAUGAACACAGAAAAAGACGCCCUAUCCUCCGCAACCUCCUCGCUCAUCGAAUCCGCGAAAUCCGAAGGUUCAAGCUUCGCCGGCGAAGGCGGGCCCUCCAAUGAUGGCAAGGAGCUCGCUGACCUCGUUGUCCGCCUGAACGACCAGUUCCCCGGCGAUAUCGGCCUUUUCGUGCAGUUCUUCCUCAACUACGUCAAGCUCGAGGUCGGCGAGGCCAUGUUCCUCAAGGCCGACGACAUCCACGCGUACCUCUCCGGCGACAUCAUCGAGUGCAUGGCAUCGUCCGACAACGUCGUGCGCGCGGGCUUCACUCCCAAAUUCAAGGACGUGAGCACACUGACGACCAUGUUGACGUACUCGUAUGCUCCAAUCAGUGAGCAGAAGAUGAACCCCACGGAUUACCCGUACGCAACGUUCAACGCGGCGGCAUACAGCUCAAACUCUUCUGCUACCCUGUACAACCCGCCAAUUCCGGAGUUCGCUGUCGUUAGGUCGGCGCUGAACAGGUCGGGUGCUAAGGUCACUUUCAGGUCAAUUGAAGGACCCAGCAUUAUACUUUGCACCAAGGGUAAGGGAACCAUCAGUGUCGGUAAUAAGACGGAGAAGCUUGAGGAGGGCUAUGUGUUCUUCGUUGGUGCUACGGCGGAAGUCGUAAUCGAGAGCGAGACGGGCGCGGAGGAGGAUGGCGAGGGUCUGGUGCUGUUCAAAGCAUUCUGCGAGAUCGAGGAGGAGAAGUAGAAGCUGUGUGAUGAGACAUGAAUUGACGACCAUUUAGGGGUUCACGCGGGAACCCAGUAUGUAAAAUCUUCUGGUCAUAUACGAAAAAUUGUAUAUCGAUGCGUCGCUUUCCACGAUCCAGAAUGCCACAAACC